GUGAACAUCCUCUCAACAGAAGCAAUGGAAGCAGUGACCGAAACGGGUAGUUCAACCCGCAGGACCUUCCUAAAGAGGACCCGAGCUUCAUGAGCUGUUUCGAUGGGGCCGAAACGCUUGCUGCUUGGAGCCCUGCUUCUGACGCUGUGCGGAACCCUGCUGCACAUUUGGAACGUCACCACGCAAGUGGAGGUGCCUUUUGCCUCCUGGAGGAUGACGGCAGAGGUCCAGAAACAGCAGCACUGGCCGAUUCUAGGACGAGAUUCCUUGCUGGCCAGCAUCCCCUACUGGAAUGUGGAUGAUUUUCGAGAACGUGAAGGGAGGGAAAGAGCACUCUUGCAUGUGCUCAUGACAUUGAUGUCUUACCCAAUGGAGGUGGAUAUAAUUUUGGUGUCAAACACCGGUGUCAAGGCGGCUGCUGAAGGCUUGGUUUGGAGGGAAGCACUUCGUCCACAGCCAUUUUGCAACAAGACUUUUCAACAUGGGUAUUGUUUGCACUGGGAGGCUUUGCACGCACUGCGUGAAGCGGCCUUGACUGGUGACGUAGAGAUGAUUGGCCCAGGUGUUGCUGAUACAGCUCGGACUGAUAAGAUUGGGGCGUCCCAGUCCAAGCAGUUGGCCUAUGAUUACUAUGCUUAUAUGGAAGGAGAUUUGCUGCUGCCUGCGGCCAGUUUUUAUUUUUUUGCGCAUCAUGCUGAUACACUCUUCCACCGCGGCUAUAAGCUAAAGGCUCACCGACGAGAGCCUGGAGGUCCCAGUGGUGCUCGGAUGGUGGAUAUGCGGCCACAUUUCAAUUGUGAAUACUCGACGCUCUUCGAUGGGAGUGCGAGCACCUCCUAUCUGGAUCAGAGGGAUCGCGUUUACAUCACUUCAGUGGGUGACUAUUGCCUCUUCGCCAGCUCUCUACUGCUCUCACGCCGGAUGUUCCAGCGCUUCCUCACGCUCCGCGAAUGGGAUUGGGACCAUCGACCCAACCAGGAACCUUGGGCAAUUACCGAGGCCAUUGAUCCGUCGCUGCAGAGGAGCUGGGUCCCUGUGACGCACGAGCGAAUGCAGGCGCUGCAUUUGAUGCCCUUGCACAACGACGGGCUACAACACCUUUCUUUCACACACGCGGAAGUCGAUCAGUUGAUACUUGGAACAUUUUGGAAACAGGUCUUCGUAUCGCAGUGUUUUUCCCCAAGGUCAAAUUGUAUGUGGUACAUCGGGAUGGGGUUAAGAAACCGUUUUGGGGUAUGUCUUUGAAACCAGAUGCUUGGAUUGUCUGGUACAUAUCUUGAGACUGUUGUGCCAG